UCAAGAAAGGCGGGGCGCGCGCGGCGCCCGGGGAAUACGGGGGAACAGAGGCGCGCGCGGCGCCUGGCGAGCACGGGGGAGGCGGAGGCGCGCGCCGCUCAGUCAGGAGCGUUGUGACCGGGAGCCGGUUGACGCGGCGGCGGGGUUGGGGAGUGAUGUUCGCGGCCUCUCGGUUGAAAGGUCAAGUUCAUUUGCCGCCUCUUAUGCCUGGUAGGAAGAAACUAAUUCCAGCAAUUGUACUAGUAGAAGGAUGACCACUUCAUUUGUCCCUGUCCCCAUGCCGGUUGGGACUUCUGGAACAGCUACAAGUAGAAGUCGGAGGAGUUCUUCACUUCAGUCUUUGGACAGUGUAUCCACCAGUUCAAAUUCUUCAAAAGGUCAAGUUAGUGAUGUGCAUUCUGGUGGAUUUAAAAAGACAGUUACCUCUGAGCACCUAGCUUCCACAAACUCAACAAAUAAUAGUCCUUUGCUACGAACUAAGCUCAAUGGUGCAAACACAUCUAUUGCAUAUUCUUCCAAAACUGCGGAAUCUGAAAAAGAAACUGAAAUAGCAAACUGGGAAGAGAGACCUGCAACACCUACUAUGUUGGGAUAUGAAGUAAUGGAAGAAAGGGCAAAAUUCACAGUUUACAAGAUACUUGUGAAAAAUCACCUUGACGAGAACUGGGUGGUGUUUAGGAGGUAUACAGAUUUUUCACGACUCAAUGACAAGCUGAAGGAGAUGUUUCCUGGUUUUCGUCUUGCACUUCCACCCAAACGUUGGUUCAAGGAUAAUUAUGAUCCUAACUUUCUAGAAGACCGACAACUAGGACUGCAAGCGUUUUUGCAAAAUCUUGUAGCACACAAAGAUAUUGCUAACAGCACUUCAGUGAGAGAGUUUUUAUGUUUGGAUGAUCCACCAGGCCCCUUUGAUAGCCUAGAAGAGAGUAGGGCUUUCUGUGAAACAUUGGAAGAAACUAAUUACAGACUACAAAAGGAACUUGCUGAAAAACAAAAGGAAGUUGAGGCUUUGAAGAAAUUACUGGAAGAAAAAUGUCUUCAUAUAGAAGUUUUAGAAAGUAGAAUAAGGGAAAUGUCCUUGGAACAAGAGAAAACACGCAGACCUUCUGGGCAGGAGAGUGAAUGUAGUGGUGAAGUUGAGUCCUCUGCAGUAGAAGCUGAUCAAGCUGUAAUAGAGGAUAACAGCUCCGGAAUGGAGUCUGAUAAAGAACACUCUGGAGCCUCUUGGAAUAGCCCUGUAAAUGAAACGUCUUCACCAGUAGAAGAAGCAGAAGCUGCGGAAGAAAACUGAUAGAACAUUUAGUAUUAGCAUUUGUUAAUGUUGAUCUAUAAUUCUUGGCAAUAUAUCGCAACAAUAGCUGUAGCUGGAAUACAGCUCAAAGCUAUGAAUCAAUAUGGUUUCUAAAAUUAGUAUGUGAAGUAGCCAAGAAAAUUGGCCUUUCUAUGGAUAAAUAUAUCAAUAUAUUUUUGCUUGAAGCAAUAAAGUAGAUUUUAUUAGUAAAUCAGCUUUACUAGGCUCUGAAUUUUGUGAGUUUGAGUGCUUAAGUAGAGGUCAAAAAUAUUACAGAUAAGUUGGGCUAUUAAUUCUUCAGAGCCAUUCAAUUUUGUUUGUACAAUUUUUUUGCAAGCUGCUUUCAACUUCUAAAUUGAAAUAUAUACACGAAUAGUUUGGCUAAAAUGUUUUACAGCUAAAUUCAAACAUGAUAUAGCCCUUUCACUAUUCAAAUGUAACUAUCUUUCUUGGAGCUAACUUUACCAUUUAAACAUUACAUUGGAAGUAUACUUUGUUUUGAAGAAACUGUGGUUUGAAUGGGCAUCAGCGCACUUCCAAUUAAUGUGAUUGAGCUUUGUUUAAGCAGGAUAAAUUAGCUCUUGAUCUCAUUUGGUUUUGUUCCUCAAAUUUGUCUGUUAAACAGAUUUUGUUUAGAUCAACAACAAAAUAAACCUGUUAAUUUUGUCAAUUUUACAAACAAGCUAAAGUCAUGAUCUUAGUGGGUUGUUCUUUAAAUUGAUUUUUUAAAAAUAGCUGUUCUGCAGUAAUUUACAAUUUAUUACCAAGUUGUGACUAGACAAAACACACUGACUCAUGAUGCAGACUGUGUAUUUAAAUUUGUCAAGUUUCAUUGGCAAAAGGUGUUUUAGUUUGAAUUGCUUUUUAUUGUUACAAUCAAAUUAAUUUUGAUUAAUGUUGGUUUCUCAAUCUUGCAUGUCUUAGUUGCUUCAAGUGCCUUGUUUUUCUAGAACUUAAAAAAUAUGCAAUGAUUUUUAAUUCACAUAUUUGUUAUGAGCUUGUGUGACAAGUGAGAGUCAUGAAGUUUGGAUAAUAGAUUUUUUGAGAAUUUAUACUGGAACUGCCUGAUUUCCUAUCAAGAAUAUUUUAAUUUAUGCUAGUAACUUACAUUGUGUUCUGUAGACCCGAAAGAUGAACAUUUAACAGAUUGGAUGCUGUAAUCUUCCACUGGAAGUUUAUGUUUUGUCAGGUCUGGAUACACAUUUUUCUGUAUGAUGUGCCAUGUUUCUGUAGGUUUUAUGCAUGAUAUAAAAUAUAGCUUAUUACCAUGAGAUAACCCAUCACACUAAGAACAUUUGCAUAAAAACAUUCUGAAAUGGGAAAAAUUUUAAUUGGUUUUAAUUUGCAUGGGUGAUUUGG